AUGCUCCAGGGGGCGAAUCCCUCCGGUGACCCUGGCUGUCCUUCGGUGGCUCGACGUGAAGUCGCCCCUGAAGCCGAUGAACCCAAUUCCGAAGAGCAUAAUGACGUGUUCUUCGACGCUUUAGAGGAAUCAGAAUUUGAGAGAUUUCGUGUGGACGAGUAUAACCUAUUUUUUUCUGAAUCUGGCAUCUACCCUAAGCUUAACCUUUUCUGUUGCCCUCCUCAUUAUGAUGGCCGGUACGACACACACACAUUUACUGCACCCUGUCUUCUGCUCUCCACUGCCAGAGGCCUCUCCUCGGAUUCGCCCGAUACAUCCCGUCCACUGAGUUCGCCAUUACCCUCAGACAACCCUCCUGUGUCCCGGAUCUGUCCUAUCAUGGCGCGAAUGAUGCUGGCGAGAAAACAUUUUUUCACCAAAUUCGAUGCAAUGAAUGACGACCAGCAUUUAUUUGAAUCGGAUUUUCCUCUCUCGCUAAGGCCACAGCUCAACACGGACGGAUUAGGGUGCCAGAGAAGAUGUGACCAACUCUUUUGCACUGUUCACACCUCACAACCGCAAGACAAUCCCACUUUUGGUUCCGAACAGGUCAAUUCGGAAAGCGCUUUUACCUAG